AUGAAGGAAGUAAAAAGCGAGCGGGAACGGGGAGGCCGGCGAAGGCACCGAGAUACAGACGUAGUGGCGGCGGCGAUGGUAGUAGUGAAACAGGAGCGCCUCAGCCCGGAAACGGAGCCUCCCGCUCACCGCCGCCCGGAUUCCUCCGGCCGCAGUCCGUCCUCGCCGACCGGCCAGCCAGGUCGCCCGGGUUACCGCGGGACCCGAACCCACGGAGGCAGCCGGUCCCCAGCCAAAAGGAAAAGCAAGUUUUCAGGGAGAAGAAGCAAAUCUCCUCGGAGUAAGAGAAGCCGAAGUCCUCACCACUCAACAGUCAAAGUGAAGCAGGAACGUGAAGAUCAUCCCCGGAAAGGACGAGAGGAUCGACAGCACCGGGAACCUUCAGAACAGGAACACAGGAGAGCUAGGAACAGUGACCGAGAGAGACACCGAGGCCAUUCCCACCAGAGGAGGACCGCUGACGAAAGGCCUGCGGGUGGCCAGGCUCAGGGACGGGAUAGAGACCUUCAGAACUUGCAGGCUCAAGAAGCAGAGAGGGAAUUUCAUAAUGCUAGGCGACGGGAGCAUCGCCAGAAGAAUGAAGUUAGUAAUAAUGAUAAUGAGUCUCAUCAGUUAGUUCCUCGUCCUGGUGGUAACAGUAAAGAAAAGGAGCCUCCUGCGAAAGAAAAGCCAAGCUUUGAACUCUCUGGGGCACUCCUUGAGGACACUAACACCUUUCGAGGUGUGGUCAUUAAAUAUAGCGAGCCUCCAGAAGCACGUAUCCCCAAAAAACGGUGGCGUCUCUACCCCUUUAAGAAUGAUGAGGUGCUCCCAGUCAUGUAUAUCCAUCGAAAGAGUGCUUACCUCCUGGGUCGACAUCGCAGGAUUGCAGACAUUCCUAUUGACCAUCCCUCUUGUUCUAAGCAGCAUGCAGUAUUUCAAUAUCGGUUGGUGGAGUACACUCGUGCUGAUGGGACAGUUGGCCGCAGGGUGAAGCCCUAUAUCAUUGACCUUGGCUCAGGCAACGGAACCUUCUUAAACAAUAAGCGCAUUGAACCACAGCGAUACUAUGAACUGAAAGAAAAAGAUGUAUUUAAAUUUGGCUUCAGUAGCAGAGAGUAUGUCUUGCUUCAUGAGUCCUCUGACACUUCAGAAGUAGAUAGGAAAGAAGACGAAGAUGAUGAGGAAGAAGAGGAAGUCUCUGACAGCUAG